UGUGUCUGGAGUUUCGUGCGAGAGUCUUUCACACCUUACAAUGGAUGACAGCUUGCCUGGUCCAAGUAGACGGAUAACAACUCUGCCAGGAGAACCAAGUACUGCUGAUGAGAAAGGAGCAUUGCCACCUUGCUCCUUUGGACCACUGGGCUGUCACCAGAGGACAGCAUCGAGGGAGAUAUCACUACGGUGCUUCGGGGAGUUGACUAAGGAACAACGGAAGUUGAUAUGCCUCCGUACAAGGCGCACACCCGAUACAAUUGCGGAUAUAUGUGCUCACCACCUCAACAUGUAUUUGAGAAAAUACAUGUCAAGUGUCGCUCCCAAAAGCUGCAUCAAUCCCUUGCAUCUACACACAACUACACGACGAGGUACGAAGACGGUGACCAUCACAUUGUGCGAGAGAUUUCCACAUUUGUCACUCGUACCUGGCAAUCGCAUCUGCCCUUCAUGUUACAUGCAUAUUCUUAAGACCAACCCUGAGACAGCAGUCGCUGAGCAAGAGCCUGCCAAGGACUCCGCGUCAGAACGUGCCCACUCGUCGUCUUCAUCCUCAGCAUCGCCCCCACUCGCAUCGGAUCCCCUGCCAGAGGAAAGUACUCUGGACUCUCUUAAUGCUUCUCUCGGAGCCGUCGGUGAAACCCCUGUCAGGAAGGACCGUAGUUACAAAAGACGUCAGCCAUACGUGGAGAAAAAGUUGAAGAAAAUUCAAAACCGAUUCAAACACAUGAUAUCCAAAAAUUUGAAUGUGAAGCCACGACAAGAACUCGAUGUUCUUUCACGGGAAUACCGCGUUCUGUUAUCUGAAAUUAAAACAGCUAUCCAAAAAGCAACGUCCCGAGGGAAGAAAGUUUCGCUUCUGACCCUGGCACCAAAAUCCUGGACGAAAAGAAGAAUAAUGAGGUUCUUUGGUGUAACCGAAAGGAUGGUCCGUCGUGCAAAGAAGCUCAGGGAAGAAGCAGGAAUUCUGCCAGACCCCUCACCAAAGCUUGGAAGGCCCCUGUCCGACGAAAUCAAAACGGCAAUAAUAGACUUCUACAAUUCUGAUGACAUCUCUUACUCGCUUCCAGGCAAAAAGGACGUACUGCAGGGUCAUCAGAAGAGGAUCCUUCUGAUGAACUUGCGCGAAGCAUAUCGGGUAUGGAAGAACCGAUACCCCGAUCAUGAAUGUGGAUUUUCCACCUUCGCAGCACUACGCCCCAAGUGGUGUGUUAUUGCAGGAGCACCUGGCACACACAGCGUUUGCGUGUGUGUUUAUCACCAAAAUAUCAAGUUACUGAUUCGGGCCUGUGGUCUCGAUGAGGAUUACAGGGAACUCCUGCGGCUAGUGGUGUGCAACACUGACAAGCAUGAUUGCAUGAUGGGGAAGUGCCCGUCAUGCCCAGGCUCACUUAAAUUGAAGGAGUAUCUGGAGCAGCGCGAGCCCUUCUCUCUUGAACUCGACAGUGAUCUCACAGUGCAGCAGUGGGUUCACAGCACACACUUCACGCUGGACAGUAUUACUAUACCAAAGGAAGAAAUACUGGACCGUUUAUCUGACCAGCUAAGUAAUCUGAAAUCCCAUCACUAUAUAGCCCUGGAACAAUCACGAUACCUACGCACUCUGAAAGCCAAUCUGAAAGUAGAAGAAUGUAUCGUGGUAAUGGACUUCUCCGAAAACUACAGUUUUGUCGUACAAGACGCGCCACAAUCAUUUUAUUGGGAAGACAGCCAAGCAACAAUACAUCCAAUUGUAGUCUACUACAAAGCGAGAAACCAUCAAGAACAGGGCCUUUGUCAUAAAUCGUUCGUUGUAAUAUCUGACACUACAGAUCACGAUAAUGCGACAGUGCACCUUUUUCAAAGGCGUUUUCUGGAAUCUUUCCUCACACAGGACACCUCACACAUAGAACAUUUUCACUAUUUCUCUGACGGUGCAGCCUCACAGUACAAAAAUAGAAAAAACUUCGCAAACUUGUGUGCGCAUAUCGAUGACUUUGGAAAAUAUGCUACAUGGAACUUUUUCGCAACCUCUCAUGGUAAGGGACCCUGCGAUGGCGUCGGCGGUACUGUGAAAAGGCUUGCCACGAAGGCCAGUCUUCAGCGGCCUCUGGAAAAGCAGAUCCUGACGCCUUUCGAUCUCUACACGUGGGCUUGCGAAAACAUGAAGGACAUUCACCCAAUAUGGGUAGCAAAAACAGAUGUUGCCGUCGAAAGAGAAAUGCUGUCCGAUAGAUAUGGAAAGGCCUUAACCAUCCCCGGGACGAGGGGAUUCCACAACUUUGAACCAAUAUCAAGUUCAUGUGUCCGUGUGGGAUAUACGGGCUUUUCUGAAGAAAAAUUUGUAUAUACUGUGUUGCGGCAUGUUUAGCAAGUUUGUAGUUUUGUUGUAAAGUUGUAAUUAGUCACGUUUUGAGCUCUCGAGUGCAAUAUAAAUGGAAGAAAACGCAGCGUUAAUGUGUUCCUUCUCUACAGCGAACGCAGGGGUCACAGCGCGGGCGCCGUGAGCACGCGCACUGUGUGCAAUGUAAAAAUUAAUUUCUUGCGUUUAAAAAAUAUAACCCUCGAGAUUUUUCGAUAUGUUUGAGAAGAAGUGUUGUACUAACCGUCUGCACUGUCGGAAAUUUUCUACCUCGACCUCCACAGCGCGAAUUUUUGGGGUGAAUAUAGGCAUUUCUGGCGAAAUUGACGUUUUCUUUAUUUUUUUACUCUGAAACCCUUAUAGCUGCGACGUUAAUUUUUCGUACUUAGCUUGGUACAUGUAUUGGCUACCAUGUAAUUUUUUUUCGUGACGAUCAGGCUAAAAACAGACGCUCAGCAGUCCAAAGUACUAUCACAUUUUUUCGCCAUAUUCGCGUCUCAGAAAAACUGUCGUAAUUAUAAGCAAUCUGAAUUUGUAUGCCUAGGUUGUAUAAACAUGUUCUUUGCACGGAGUUCACAGUUUACAGAACGAGUCUGAGUGUCAUGGAACCUUCAGAAAAAAAUCAUACGUAAAAUAAGGUUUGCGGCAUUUAGCGGAACUUGAGAGGGCUAUAAAACUCGAGAGGGUUAAUAAUUGCACUUUAGAAUUUUUGGCCGAUGUUAUAUAUAUAAUAAAGAGCUCACACAAUUUUUUUCAUAAAAAUUUGAGGGGGUCGAGCGACGCCUCCGGGACGUUUGGCGUGGAAUGACCCUGAUGAUACUUUUGUGCAUUAAACGGCACGUUUUUUCCUGUUUUCACAAUUUUGACUGCUGGAAUUUGUAAUGAUGCCGUUAAUUACCGUAUUUUCACGCGUAUUAGCCGUGGCUUAUGCGCGAUUUCUUUUUUUCGCGGACGCUCUGCAGCUUAUCCGCGGGAGCGGCUUAUCUGGUGACUAUUUUUCCCUGGUACUUUCCCCAUACCCUGGAUUAAACGAAAAGGCCGACACAGUGCCUCAUGUUUUUCGGAACAGGACCGCCCUGCCAGUGCAUGAACAAUACCGAACAGGGGCGGGUCCACAUUCGAGUGGACUGACCUUCCGAAUACAUUCCCCCACGUAGCUUUAACAAAAGGGUGACAGUGAUUCAUGUCUCCUGGAACACCACUAACCCGUCAAUCCACGAAAAACACGCAACAAGGGCACAAUCCGAUCUUAGUAGAACACUAGAACCGACCUCCUUUGUUAUACAUCAUGCCGACACUGGAAUGUGUACAGGGUUUAUGGCCUUCCCUACGGUCUCCUCUGUCGGCAGACCCACAGGAAGGGUUCAAUACGCCUGACAUCGGGAUAAAACGUGGUCAGCUAAGCGUCAGUUUUCAUUUGACCAGAGCAGCAGCAUUCGUGGACACGGGCACGGCAGUUAGAGGUGAGGCAUGACUCCAACGCGAAGGCACAGCUACGACAGCGGCUUCAAACUAAAAGUCGUUGACUUCGCGGACCAGUAUGGGAACAGAGCAGCAGGCAGGGAGUACGGCGUCAACGAGCGUUGAGCGCGUCUCUAUUGAUUUUGUAUGUGCAUCACUGGUUUAGCGCACAAAGCAGUCGCGUCGUAUUACCCGCGGCUUAUCUGCGAGUGCGGCUUAUCUGCAAAAACAUUUUCAAAAUGUUUUUGCAGCUAAGCCGCAAAAUGUAUGUAUGUAAAAACGAGUCCUGCGGCUUAUCUGCGGCGCAGCUAUUACGCGUGAAAAUACGGUACCCAGUGGACAGUGUAUGUGAAAUCUGCUCAUAAUGCUGGCGACAGUAAUGUCAACUGCAGUGUAGCGUAUGCUGAGAAAACGGACACAAGUGCUGUGUUGUGUUGCAAGGGGACCAUUAAUUUUGAUUCUCUGUGAGGAUUUUUUUCAGGACGCGUUCAAGUCGAUAUUGUGUAGGGUUUUGUAUUCCAUUCUUUGAGAUAUGG